CAUUUCUGUUUAUGAAGGGAAACGUCACUUUUGACUUUCUGUAUUCCUUUUUGUUUUUUCGUGAAUGUGUAAAAUCCUCCAAACACUGUGCUUUGUUAUGUGUUUAUAAUAUACGAAAUUGAUUUUUUAGUUAGUGUUAAGUACAAUGGCAGACUUUGAUGCAAUAUACCCUGAUGAGACGGAACUCGAGGAGAAUAUAGAAGAGACACAUGUGACGCUAGUGCCUGAUCCGAUCGUGAUUCGAGGGGCUGGGAACAUGACAGUAUUUGGUCUAAGCAACCGCUUCAACGGGGAGUUUCCUUCGGGGCUGCAGUCGCGGGUAGCGCCGGAGGAGUACCAGGCUACAGUGGCCCGCAUCAACAGCGUGCUGAAGAAGACUUUGCCCGUCAACGUCAAGUGGCUGUUCUGCGGCUGCGUGUGUUGCUGCUGCACCUUAGGAUGCUCUCUCUGGCCUGUCAUAUGUCUUAGUAAAAGGACGCAACACUCUCUGAACAAACUAUUGGAAUGGGAGAACAGUCGACUGUACAACAAGCUGGGACUUCGCUGGCGACUCACGAAGCAACACUGCGACUCCUCAUCCAUGAUGGAAUACGUACUUCUCAUAGAGUUUAUUCCUAAAAUACCCAUAUACCGACCCGACUAAGUCACCGCGACGCCCGUGUCAUAGAGUAACUGUAAAUAGACAUAAAUCAUUAAUAAUACGCAUACGUCAUCGCAUCUUGAAGAUAACAACUAAUUUGCAUGGCCAAGCCAAUGAAUGGGUACGCUAGAAUGUUUCUGGAAGAACGACUUUAAUGUUUGAUUGUCGAAAUUAACAUGUUGUUACCGUCGCGUAGCGAGCACGACUUGGCGUAGACAGGCCGAGCGUCGGGACGUCAGCGACGUCGUUACUCAUAUAAUGCUGUUUGUUGUAUAUAUAAGAAAACGGUACAUAUUAAACAUGGAACAAUAAGUGCUACUGUUAAACGCUUUUUGUGUAUAGAUGUCGCAUUAUUAUUGCAAGCUUAGACUGCAGAUGUUAUAGCAAUGUGUAUAUAUUUAUUAAACUUUACAAUGUAUAGCUUUGCAAGCUGCAAAUAUGUUAUAUAACAUCUGAUUAUAAGUACUUUAACUAGCAAGUUAGAUUGGCUAUGUGUUAGCGACGUGUAUGGGAAGCUGUUUGUUUAUGUUCAAUGUGCAAUUGUACUGCAUCAAUACUCGAAUUUACACAAUUGUAUCUUUAUAUGAACCUACAAACUUCUUAGAACAUUACUUCAGAUACCUUUAUAUCUGAUGUUUAUGUUAGAAUGCACUUUUUAUACUUACAAUUAUCUAACCGUAGAUUACUGUUUAGUAUCGGUUUGUAUUACAUCUGCUGUGCAUGGGUCGCUAUUCGAUGACCGUCGUACUGGAGACGAAUGUCCGAAAUAACACGAAUGCAAGGCUGUGUAGGUAUAUUGCCGGGAUCUUGUCUUUUUCCUUAUACGGCCGCUUAGUCAUUUUAAUUUACUAAAAACACUCUUACGGCUUUUGACAUAAGAUGCUUUCAAAAUUCUUGUUAAUUUCAAGCUGACUUUUUUCAAUAAUAGAGUCUUAAUAAGGUCGCUCGAUGUUUUUAAAUAAGUACUUAAGUCAUAUCAUUGUCAUAUUCAUUGUAAAUGAUCAUAGUCUUAAAUGCAGUCAUUUUUCUUCAUCACGUUUCGUUUCUUCAGUUCACAUUCAAGAAGUAAAGGCGGUACUUAUGUUAAUGAUCCAAUAUAUGUUACAGGACCGUUCAUUAGUGCGCCAGUAUUGUUACGCAAGGCUCGGAACCGGUUUAAAAAAUACCGGUUAAUACCGGUUUAUAUCGGUUUUCCUCCGAACUUUUCUUAAGAACGUGAACAUUAAAGAACUUUAUUUUAACCUAAAUUAACCGGUUUAUUCGACGAGGGGCAUGUCGGUACACGCGUUGAAAUAUUAUUAUUGAAAUAAGCUGAACAGCGCGCGGCGUUUCUUUGAUGUGCGUCGUAUUAACCGGUUUUUAUUGCUCUAAACCGGUUAAUCCGAAAAAACCUUUAUGAAAAUACUGUUCCAAAUACCGGUUUAAAAAAACCGGUUUCGCGAACGAAACCCAAUGUAAAGGUUUUGCGUACAAGUACAUAAUAACGGUUUGAAAAUUUAACCGGUAUCCGAGCCUUGUUGUUACGUACCAAAGCAUAGAUGUUGUAGAUGUAAAACGCCGUGUUAACCGCUUUUCAUCCUUAUUUCUUUAGGAAUAAGGUUGAAAAGUAUGCGAAUAUAAACUUUUCCGAUCAUACAAACGAUAGCAAUUCCGCUAACGAAGUCGCGUCCCGCGGCAAGACCAUGUCACCGCUAUUUUUAUUCACAUUUAUUGAAGUAACUGUAUUGAUACAGGUCAGUGGUCAUCAUUCUUUCAAUUCAUUCUCAUCGUCGCAAAUUGUCCUGUCAUCAGUUCAUACAUUUGUUUAUGAUUUUAAAAAGCAUAUACUUGUAUUGCUUUAUGUAUGUUAUGUACCUGAAUGUCCACGUUAGUUGUGUAUAGGAAGUGAACCGUAGCGACAGUAUCGCGGAGCCGAUCUAAGUAUAUGCUAGGGUAAUGUAUGGGACUGUGUUAUUAGAAAAUUAGCUUAUAUAAUGUUAUGUAAGAUUAGGAGAAUCCCCGCCCUCUCUUCUCUUUUCAACAUGUUGUAAGUAUCGUGAAGGGCCGAUAUGACUUACAUCGCUGUUAACUUAUCCGUAAUUAUAAGACUCAUGGAAAGUAGAUCGCUCGGAAUGUCCUCUUGCCACCUACACGUCUAGUUAAUAAUGUUUGAACGCAACGGUUGAAAAGCGAACAGGGUAUGUUGACAGUAAGUUGUAAUUUAAGGAAUUGUAAAUAUUUUAAGAACUUAUAGAUUAUUUUUGUUCAGAUAAUAAACUCACUACAUGUGAUGAA